CGUGUAGCCGGUCACUGAGGAACGAACCCUAAAACCCCACAGUCCACCCAAACCCGCGUACGAGGCGGAAGCAGCCCACCGCUCCGGCAAUGUGGCGCCGCGCCUCCCAGCUCCUACGCAACACCGCCACCGCCACCGCCACCGCCACCGCGCUCUCCAGCCGCGUACCGCAACCACGUCCUGCCUCCGCAAUCCCAAAGCUCCUGCCCGCCCCAAAGCUCGCCUCAUCCUUAUCCUAUGCUACGCAAGCAGCGGCAGAGGCGACGAGGGCCCCGACAACGGUGGGGAGCCUGCUGCGGCUCAACGACCUGCGGGACAAUCCGGGGGCGCGGAAGCAGAAGACCCGUAAGGGCCGCGGGAUCGGCUCCGGGAAGGGCAAGACGGCCGGCCGCGGCCACAAGGGCCAGAAGGCGCGGGGGACCGCCAGAUUCGGCUUCGAGGGCGGCCAGACCCCGCUCCGCCGCCGCCUUCCUCGUCGGGGCUUCAAGAACCGCUUCUCUCUGACGUUCCAGCCAUGUGGACUGGGUAAAAUUGCAAAGCUCAUCAAUUCUGGAAACAUUGAUUCUUCUGAACUGAUCACAAUGAAGACACUGAAGGAUACAGGUGCAAUUGGAAAACAAAUAAAGGAUGGAAUUCGGCUAAUGGGCCGGGGAGCAGAGGAAAUUAAAUGGCCAAUCCACCUUGAGGUAUCAAGGACGACUGCUAGGGCAAAAGCUGCAGUUGAAGCAGCUGGUGGAACAGUAAGGCUAGUGUACUAUAAUAAGCUUGGUUUCAGGGCACUUCUCAAACCUGAGUGGUUUGCAAAGAAAGGCCGACUUUUACCCAAAGCAGCUAGACCACCACCCAAGCAACGAGACAAGGUUGACAGCAUUGGCCGCCUACCUGCCCCAACAAAGCCACUUCCCUUCACACCAGAAGAACUGGAGUUUGCAGCAAAGCGUGAAGCUGCGCGAGUGAUUGCGUAGUGCGUAGAAGGUAGCAUGAAGGAGGUGCACUCAAGUGAUUGCGUACAAGGCAGCAUGAAGGAGAUGCAAUUAGAUCAUGCCUUUUCUUUUAAUUCUACACCCUGAAGAAGCUCUUCUGAACUAGAGUUUUGAACUGGCAAAUUUUGUAUGUUUUAAACAACUGUUGUGAAUCUAGCAUUUGGAUUGUUUGAGAUAGCUUUUGUAGCAGCAAUUGUGCACUAAGCAUGAGAUUGGUUUGGAGUCUCUGAUCUUCCAAGGAAAUCUUCUCAAUAAAAAUAUGAGCUGUGAUGAUCUAUUGAUGUCU